GAUUUCCGGGAGUGCGAAAUCGAGGGUCGCGUCGUACUUUUAUCCGUCGGGAACGAAUCGCGUAUCGGAGUACAUCGGGAGUUAGACCGUCCCGGAUCGUAAUUAGCCGCGAUAUUUCGGUAUCGGCAUGUGAAGAAUUGAUCGGAUCGCAUCGCGAGUGGUGAUCCAGUGCUUCCGAGGAGGAUUCUUGCUUUCCGGAGUCGAUACGUCGCAUAUGGAUCGUCGAGGGAUCUUUCUCCCAUCGUCUGAGCUACGCACCGAGCUAAGGAUCGAUCUCGGGACUGAGGGCGUGGAUCGUGCAUGUCCGAAGUCGGCGAUUCGCAAAUCACGGCGAUGAAGAUGAGCAAAGUGGGCAACCAGACCAAUUCGCAGGACCCACAGGCGGUGAAUUCACGCGUUUUCGUCGGGAACCUCAAUACAUUUCAAUGUAGCAAGACCGAUGUGGAACGAAUGUUCCAGCGCUAUGGUCGUCUGGCCGGUAUCUCUAUGCACAAGGGUUAUGCAUUCGUGCAGUUCACAAAUCCGUUUGACGCACGCAGUGCGUGCCUCGGUGAAGAUGGUCGCACCGUCCUCAGCCAGAUUCUCGAUGUGAACAUGGUGGCCGAGCCAAAGCCUCACCAAACUGGACGCAAGCGGCAGAACGUCUCCAAAACGGGCAACGACUGGGACUACUACUAUGACAGUUACUACGCGUCGACCGCGUUUCCGCCGCGCUUAGCACCGCCGUUGAAGCGGCCGCGCUUGAUGCCACCGACACGAGCGCAGCAUCCGAAGCUACAGAAACAACAAUCGAUGGCAAACACCGGCACGAUACCCGACUUGAAUCAACUUAAAGUGUACAGCAAUCCAGAUAUACUGAUCUGCGGCAACUGCAGGGAGAUGUUCACGGAACUCGGGGAGCUGUUGGAGCACAAGCGGAACUACUGCAAGCUGCGGUUCACAUGUAAAUGUCACACCUUCAACGGAGCCGCCCCAAGAGACUCGACGGCGGCGUUGCUCUGCGUCCUCUGCAAGUUAUCCUUUCCAAGUGCUUGGGAAUUGAUGGUCCAUGCCCAGGCAGCUCACAUGAUCAACAUUUACGAGCUGGGCACAAGAGCGCCGAGCCCGUCACGGAGCCCCAGCCUUGACCAGCCGAAAGAGUCGUCGCCUUCCCCGCAGGAUUUCCAGGAAAUCAAGGCUACGGAUUGCGAAGAGCGCGUGGAGGAGGAGGAACUUGAUGGACACGAGUUAAUACCGUCCCCCGACAGUGGCAAGUCAACGGACAACGAAGCGGCUCUGUCGCCGAUCAAGAUUCGAUCUGACGUUAACGGAUUGGAUCACGAAGAUUGCGACGAAUUGAUCCACGUCGAGAACACCACGCAGGCGUGCAUCAUGCAUACUCUCAGCAUUGACUCGUCCUUGGAGCUGAAUUCUGACACGAACUCGAGGACAACUUCUGGAACGGUGAUGGCCUUGACCAACGGUUCAUUAUCGGCGAAGGAAUAAAUGAGAGAAAAAGAGAAAAAAAAAUAUUAAAAGGAAAAAUAAAAAGAGAAUAUUCAUCGGAACGGUCUUCCCCGGCCAACCAACGAGACAUAUCGAUCUCCUUUAAGGAUAACGCACCCGUUUGUAUAUAGCUUAAUUGCCUAACAAAUUAUAUUCAGGAUCGUUAGAUCCCGUGGUCUAUGCCGGCUGAUCGGAUAUCGGUCAUCUUCCCAAAAGAAGAAAAAAAAAUAUCAGUAUCAUUCUGGACUUUUUACGCACUUGCAAUUUCACUUCAAACUUUAAUUGAAAGCUAAUCCAAAUGGAAGCAAAAUAUUAUAGGAAAUCGGAUUGAGUUUAAUUAUUUGCAUUGAAUAUAUUAUUUUUUGGAAAAAUAUUAAUUAAAUUGCGAAUUUCUCAAUUUUUACGUGCAUGUUCCACUCAUUAAACUGUAGAUUUUAUUUAUUAAAAUUGCAUGGAAUUCUUUUUAAAUACCAGAAUAUUUUUAGAUCUGAUAUUUGAAUUUCUUAUAUCAUUCUGAAUUUUGUGACUUAUAAAUUUUAAAAUUUUUAGUUUUUUAUAUCAUGAAAAACGUUUUAUAUUAAAAAUUUAAUAUUUUUAAUAUUCACAGCUUCUAUCUACAUGAGAGCUUUAAAACAUUAUCAUUCAUCCUGAAGGCAUUAAGUUAUUAAAGUUUUAAAUUUUCAGAUUCAUAAAUAUUGUAUUAUUGAUUAUCGUUUUGUUACUAUUGAAUAACGCUUCUAAAUGUCUGAAAUUUAUCAACCACGAGAUUUCAAAUUCACAUAACGCAAUUGUAAAUCACAGAUAAUUUUAUAUUUAGAAAAUUGUAUACACAAUAUAAGUUUAUUAUUAUUCAACUAUAUAAAAUCAAGUGCUUUUGUCAUCUUGGUGGCAAAAAUAUUGAAGAUAAGAAUAUUUGUGGACAACAUAUUAGCCAAAACGAAUCAUUAAUGGAUUUAAUAUCUCUAGAAAUCCUAAAAAUUAUUUAUUUAUUAGUUAUUUCCAGCGAGAAUUAAUUUUUUCAACAAAUAUUAUAACAUUAUUAAUAUCGGAUAUAAAUAAUCCUUGAAUAUUGGCAAAGUUGUUUGUUAAGAAAAUAAAGAAACGUCUUAUACCUUCCUUUCCAUAGCGAUCGCACAUGCGUGUAGAUUAAAAAUAUAGAUUGUCAAGAUUUAAUUAUUUAUGAAAGAACAUAUCUCCCGAUAAACAAUGUGAUGUCGAUGGCGAAUUAAUAACUGAAUUAUAAUACGAAUUUAAACUUCGAUCAUUAUUAAAACGGCAGGUCCAUUUCUCUGCUGUUACCUGCUCCGUUCCGAUUUACUUUCAUUUAGAGAUUCUUAAUCAAUCAUACUACACACGAUUUAAAUAAUUGUUAUCUAUUUUAAGAAGGAAACGUAGCAUAGAGAAAGCGAGAGAAGAGAGGAGGCUUUGUUGGCGGCUGUUAUACAAAUUCUAUGUUAUUACAAUUCUAUAUUAUAUGUUUAUUGACUUUACUUAUAAAUACAUAAAUCCGUAUAAAUCUAUCUAUAUAUACAAUUCUA